GGGCUCCCAUUGGCCGAGAGAGUCUCGCGGUGCCGCGGCCCCUGCGCCUUGGCCCGGGCGGCCCCGCGGAGCGGCCUCUUCCGGCGCGGCGGCGGCGGCGAAAGGAGCGAGAUGCCCGGGGUGACCGUGAAGGACGUGAACCAGCAGGAGUUCGUGCGGGCGCUCGCGGCCUUCCUCAAGAAGUCGGGGAAGCUGAAGGUGCCCGAGUGGGCGGACACGGUGAAGUUGGCCAAGCACAAGGAGCUGGCGCCCUAUGACGAGAACUGGUUCUACACCCGCGCGGCCUCCACGGCUCGCCACCUGUACCUGCGCGGCGGGGCCGGCGUGGGCUCCAUGGCCAAGGUGUACGGGGGGCGGCAGCGCCGCGGGGUCCGGCCCAGCCACUUCAGCCGCGGCUCCGGCGCCGUCGCCCGCCGGGUCCUGCAGGCGCUCGAGGCCCUCAAGGUGGUGGAGAAGGACCAGGACGGGGGUCGGAAGUUGACUCCACAGGGGCAGCGGGACCUGGAUCGCAUCGCGGGGCAGGUCGCCGCCGCCAGCAAGAAGCACUGAGGGAGCCAAUAAACCCUAAACCCCUGA